AUGACGAAGAAUGGCGCUGGAACUACGCGAAAUCAAUCUUUGGUUGAUCAACCUAUAGUUGGGUGGCCGCUACCUUCUCGUUCGUCACAUGUGCUGGAUUCUCCGCCAACUGGAAUACUGAAUUCAUCACAAAUUGACCCUCGUAAUCUGGGUUCUGCAAAAGAAGCGCUACAUUCUCAUCCCACACGAAUAUGGGUAGAAGACAAAGCUCACGGCUUUACUGAAAACGAUAAGGGCACUAAAGUCCAGAACAGAAAGUUCGUGAUAUGCGAGAGAGGCCAUGACGGUCACAUGGUCAUCAAAAGACCUGGGCAACCGGCAGUUGCAGUAUCAAAGGCUCAGGGCGCAGUACUUGACCAGAUUCUCGGCCUAGGGGGCCAAGAAGCUAUUGAAGAUAUAAACAUUAGCAAAGCUGGUACCUCUGCAAUGCCAAGUAUACAAGUAACUCCACCAUCGGAAGGCAGUGGUCAAAUUAUGGAAACGGACCACCUUUGUGUUAACAAUGCCUACAGAGAACUGCACGAGAAGUCCAAGAAAGAGAUUCGUUUAGUUAAGUGGCAGCUUAAACGAGUGGUACCUCUCGCGUAUCUUAUUUCUGAGGCUGAAGGUAUUGAUAUUAACAACACUACAGCACUAAAGGAAAAGCUCGAAUGGAUCAUUGAAGACAGCAGAAUGCUAGAAAAGCUACUGCCCCUCAUAACGACGCUUUGCGAGGACCAAAGGAUUGAGUUUAAUGAAGACGCUCUCAAGAUUUUGCCACGAGCUUUGCAAAAAGUACUAUAUGACGCAAGAGAAACUAAUAGGGCUAGGUUUGUCGCAGGCCAUCAUAAACGAGCUCGACAUGCUCUCGAAGGUCGAGUGAGAAGACUAGAAAGCGAACUUUCUAGACUGAGAUACACCGGUGAAGAGGAUUAUAUACGGCUAUAG